AUGGGAUCUGCUCAGUCACGUAGAACAAAAAGAAACCAACGAAAGAAUCAAAAAGAAUGCACAAAUAGUCCUGAAACUACUCCUCCACAAUCUUCACCACAUGAAAACUUGAAACAGCCAAUAAAUGAAACUACAAAAAAUGUUACAACAACCCAAUGUGUUUCUAAAAAAGUAGAAACAAAACCAAUAGUUCCAGUACAAGAAAAACCAACCGCUCAAGUUCAAGAAAAGCCAAAAACCAAUCCUCAAAAAGAAGAAACUACCAAGAUAACACAAGAAAAACAAAAAGAACAAAUAAAUACAAUUCAAAAUGACUUUAAUUUGUAUCAAAAAGAUGGAGAAAUUCAACCAGAAGGAUUAGCUCAAAUGAUUGAAGACCUUGGUAUUAAUGAUAUUGGAUCUAUAAAGGCUUUAUGGGUUGCAUGGAAAUUAGGAGCAAAGGACUAUAAGAUUAAUGAAAAUGGAUUUAGAAAAGGCCUUGAAUCAGUUCAUGUUUCUUCAUUAAAAGAAUUUAAAAAUUGUAUUCCUGAAGACCCAUUAAAUGAUAACUUAACUGGAAAACGACUAUUUAAUUAUGCAUUUGAAUGUAAUGUAGAAUAUCGUCAAAAAUUAAUGGAAAAGGAAGAUUCUAUAUUAUUACUUCAUCAAUUCUUUGGAGAAAAUAAUGAAAUGGUAAAUAAAUUCAUAACUUUUCUCUCACUUGAUUCAACAAAACAAUUAAAUAGAGAUGAAUGGCAAAACUUAUAUGAUUUUAUAACAACAAUUCAUUUAGACUUUUCUAAUUAUGAUACAACAUCAGAUUCUGCAUGGCCAUUACUUUUUGAUAGUUUUGUGUCUUCAUUUCAAAAUUAA